GAUCCGCCCGUCGCCAUCUUCGAACGCCGACCAGGCGCAGCCGCAGUGUAUUCUGCGAUUGUUUCCGACGGUCGAUGCAGACGCUUCUGUCGCUUCGGUCCAUGACCUCGUCCAACGAGAGCGACGAAGACCCGGUGUUGGCAGCUGCAUGCGACGGCGACGAGAUCCUCCUCGACCCCAACCGGUUUGUCCAGCGCAGCCAGUGGGUGCCGCACAGUGCGCGCAAGCAGUGCCUCGUGUGCGCGCGCGACUUUACGCUCUGGCGCAAGAAGCACACGUGCCGCAUGUGCGGCGACGUCGUUUGCAGCCGCUGCUCCAUGCACAAGCGAUUUCGCGUUUGCACAUGCUGCUUCUUUGCCUACCGCCAAGGCCUCAAGCCUGUGGUGUCAUCGACACUGCGCUGGCGCAAUGACGACAUCCGCGCCGAACUGCUCGCGAUGAACACGACGACAGUGACGAAGCUCGCGCCGGAUGCCACAGUCUUGUACGAGCCGGCACCGGUUCUCCUGUACGAUUCCGCGCUAGACGACGAGUGUACGAUGUCACGACCGGCAAGCAACGAAUGUGACGACAGUUCGGACGCCUCCAUGUCCCUCGACGAUAUUUUAGACGAGGAAGACGCGGCCAUGAACGCUCGGGAGCUCGAGCUUGAAGCUCAGGUACAAGCAAGUCGCCUCCGCGUCGAAGAGCUCGAGUCCAAGAUCGCGUUGCAGGCGUCCAAGCAAGACUUGACGUUGCAGCAACAGCAUGAGCUCCAAGAAGCCCGCAAGCUCAUCACUGAGCUCACGCGGCAGCUCAAGGCGCAAGAAGACCAAGUCCAGCUGCGCAUGACGUUCCGGCUCAAAGAAGAUCUCCAGCUCUCGACCGACACGGUGAAAUUGCGUCGGCGGCUCCAGAAGAUGGAGCGGCAGCUCAAGCAAGCCGGCAUCAAUGUGGCCGAGGACAUCCCGUACGACGAAGCCAAAGAAAAGGUCACCGAGAUCUCCGCGCGCCUGCAGGAGAUUGGGUCGUCCGAGGUCGUUUGCGACGACAAGCAACUGCAAGCAGCGCUUCGUAAAGAGUACUUUCGACUUGAGCAGGACAUGGAGCGCUACAACACUGCGCUCAUGAUGACGGACGAGUACAUGGAAGCCGAGCGCCAGAAGGAGCUGCAGUGGGAGCUGCAGCACUGCGCCACAAACGAAGCCGCGCUGCGGCAGCUUCGAUGCUGCAUGCCGGUCAACCUCUCGGUGCUCACGGAGAAGGAUUUGUCGGUUUGCAUCGGUUCUGACUUGGCCAAGAAGCUCAAGCGCACCAACGUUCUCCAGCUACUGCGCGUGGACCCCAAGACGAUCACGCGCAUGCACCCCAGCCGUUCUCGAGCGGCGAGCACUUCACGUUGUGCUCGCCGAGCCAGCCGCCGAAUGGAAAAGCAAGCGACGUCCGACGAGCUCUCGGCGCGAAAGCUCGCCUGGUACAAGAAGCUCCACGACGCUCUCGUCCAUGGCAUCGGCCAACUCGAGCUGCACACGACUGAACCUCACGACUGCGGUCGGCGCCAGCAGUGCCCAGCGGCAGUCGAAGCGAAAGCGGUGGCCUUGUAUACGCGGCCUACAUCGGCUGUAUCGUACCCUGCCGACGCUGUGUAUUUCGUCCAGGACGUCGUCAAGAGCGAUCCGGACGGUGCAGGCGAGAAGGCCCUUGCCGAAGUGCGCAGUCAAAUUCUGCUCGACCGCCGGCAGAAAGAGCUGAAGGCCCACUACGGCAACUUGCGCCUUGUGACGCAGGCACUUGGUGUCAUGGACGACUUGGACGCGGCGCUUAGUCGCUUCGCCACUGCCGAGGCGGCCCUCGUGCAGCGCGAAAGCCUUGAGCAAUGGUCUCCGCUGCUUCUGGACGCCCGGGAUGUCGUGCUUUGCAUGGCCAAGCGCAGCGGCAUGCACCUGAGCGGAAAGCGCGAUCCUUCAAAAGACGAUAGCGACCCGCGCGCGACCGUUGAAGUUCACCUGGCCAUGGACGUUUUGCACUACCUCGAUGCGAUGCUUGAAGAGAUGGAGUUUGCGCUGCUCGUUGAGCCGACGUCGGCAACGCGAACGCGAAUUGUUGCGCAGCUCAAGGCCGUGCGUGACGUCAGCGGCGACCUCGGCGUCCGCAAUCGGACAAUUGCUCCGACGUACAAUGAGCAGACCACUCGCUUGAGCUGGAAGCAUCUGCAGGUGUCGGAACCGGUUGUCGUAACGGCGCCAGCUCUCGCAGUACCAACGACUGCAACUCGGCCCGCAAUGAGCUUUCUCGAAGAAAUCAAGGCCAAGAAGGUAUCUGCAACCAAGGCGCCGGUUGACAUGCUCGCUGCUAUCAAGGCCCGGCGACACAGCAAGCCGAAGCUACUUGACGUGCCUAACUCGGCCUAAACUACGACCACAUCCAGGCCCCGGCUGAUGCAGAGCGUCAGAACCAGAAUGUUAGAUUAAUGUUU